AUGAAGGAUACCGAAAGGAUGGCAGUGGCGAGGAUGGACGGAUCAGUGGAGGUUUUCCACUGUUCAGACAGAUUUUUCCAAGAAAAGAUCAUCCCUGGUAGAGAGCAGUGUGGGAUUGAAGGCCUGUCCUGGGUUGGAGAGCGUCUGUUCAGUGCGGGACUAAACGGUGGAAUAACUGAGUAUGAUUUGACAAACCAGAAAGCGAAAUACACCAUAGAUGCGUAUGGAGGGCCAAUUUGGGCCAUUGCAGGCAAUCAGCAAGGAACACACUUAGCGGUUGGUUGUGAAGAUGGAACUGUGAAACUGUUUGAGGUGAAUGAAGACAGCAUACAGUUUGAGAGAAAUCUGGACAGGCAAAAAAGCCGCAUCGUCUCUCUGUCUUGGCACCCAUCAGGCUCCAAAAUAGCAGCUGGAAUGAUGGAUAUGAUCCAGGUUUUUAAUAUAGAGACAGGCCACUCUUUGCACAGGAUGCUGGCUGACAGAGGGGUCGGGACAUCCCGCAGUAAGGAGUGUGUGGUGUGGAGUGUGGUCUACCUCUCAGAUGGGACAAUCAUCACUGGUGACUCUGUGGGAAUGGUCAAAUUGUGGGAUGAUCAAACUGGUACACUAAUCAAAAGCCAUAAUGUCACAAAAUGUGAUGUGUUGGCAUUAUCAGUCUCUCAGAAUGAGGACAGCCUUGUUGCCGGGACAUCAGAAGGAAUUGUGGUACAGUUCCAGUUCGUCUCUAUGGUUUUGGAAAAGGAUGACAAAGAAUGGGUCAGAACCAGAACAUUUAGGAACCACACGCAUGACAUCAGAGCUGUGGCGGAGAUCACGACGGCUGUGGUUUCAGGAGGUAUGGAUGCACAGCUGGUUGUGAGACCUUUAUUAGACAAGAUCGAAGAGAGGUCAGCGGCCUCGGCUUUGAGGAAGAUUCACUUUCCACAUAGGAGACUGGUGUCCUGUGCAAGGAAGUCAGGUCUGAUGCUUUUCCAGUACCCUGGUCAUCUGGAGCUCUGGAGACUGGGAGAGAGUGAAGGAAAAGGCAUACCAGGAAGCAGUUUAUUUGUAAAAAGAAAUCCAGAGAAGCUGCUUCAUUUGAAAGUGAAGGGUGAGGAUCACAUCCGCUGCAGUGCCGUGUCUCCCUGUGGAGAAUGGAUUGUGUACUCCACAGCCAGCACUCUACGGCUCUACAGGCUACACUGUGACAAUAACAACAUCAGCAUCACCAAGAUAUCCAAACUUCCAAAGGUACUCAGCUCAGCCAGUCAGCUUUGCUUCUCCUCAGACUCCUCCCAUUUGUUUUCCGCCUCUGCACAGUCAUCAGUGCACUUAGUUUCUAUCAGCCAAUCAGGAUGCAAGUUUGUGGGCACCCUUAAACCUAAGUCAGAUUCCCAUCAGGCCAUUCACUUAUUAGCAGCCAGCGAGGAUGGCAAAUGGGUGGCUUCCGCAAACAGUGACCACGAGGUUCACAUCUACAACCUGCAGACACGGAAGGCUCAUUGCACAGUUCCUGUAUACAGUUCUGCUGUCACCGCCAUGGGCAUUCACCCAGCAACAAACUGUGUGUUCAUGAUGCAUGCAGAUCAACAGAUGUUUGAGUAUUCCAUAGAGCAGAAACAGUACACGGAUUGGAGCAGAACGGUGCAGAGGAAGGGCCUUCAUCGCCUCUGGGUGGAAAGAGACACACCAUGUCUCAAUGUGAUGUUCAGUCCCCAAAAUCCUUCCCAUGUCAUCCUGCAUGAUAUGUACAUGCUCUGCAUCAUUGACCAAAGCCUGGUGAGACAGACUCGUAUUCAGAAAGCAUUUGCUACUCUUAUUGAAGACAAAUAAUCAAAA